AUGUACAAGCUAAGUGAAGACAUAACUCGCAUGCUGGUUAUGUCAAAGUUGAAAGACCGACCCCAAAUUUGGUUGCACUCUUCUGAGAACUUUCUGUCCUUUCCAGCCCAGGAACUCUUAUCUCAACUCGCAGAGGCUUUUCAGUCAAAAGAGAGCAAGAUAACGUCCAGACGCAAGUUCCAGGAGCGAAAGUGGCAUCCAGAUGAAGACUUUGCUGCGUACUUUAAUGACAAGACCAUGUUGGCUGAACACAUCCGUAUAGACGACGAGGAAUUAAUCGACAGUAUCAUUGAAGGAAUACCGGAUACAACAGGCACACAUGCACUUUGUUUCCGGAAACCCGCUGUAAGAUGCUACAACUGUAACUCCGUGGGUCACUUCGCGGCCGACUGCCGCAAGUCCAAGCGCGCAUACGGCGCUUGCUACGGCUGUGGAAGUUUGGAGCACCUCGUAUCGCAUUGCAACGAGAAGAAGAACGCAACCAAAAACGAAUAUAAUGCCUAA